CACAAACAAAACCGGAAUGGACUCGAGACGAGAGCGGUACUAAUUUUUGAUAACUGACCCGAUUGUAGAUGCAAUUUUUCAUUUUUUGGUAGGCAGAAACACCAUAUGAUGAACUCUGAAUACCUGUUGUCCAAUUAAUCAGGUGAUACAACAACAUCACAAUGGACUCUGAUAGUGAAGACAUCGAUCCUCAUCCGCUUCCUGGGGGUGUUGCUCCAACACCCAUACAGAGGACCAGUUCACCUGAUAUUGGUAAUUUACUCGAUCCUCUCUUAGCCCUAACUCCGGAUAAACCACAGAGAACAACAAGCUUUCAAUCGGGAGCCAGUCAAAAACAGAGGAGAGGAGAAAGUAGGAAAGAAAGUGGACCAAAUAAAGAGAAUCGCCGUUCGCUUCCUGAACAACCAAGCAAAAAGAGUGAUAGUGAUCAUAAGCAAGGAAAGACAAGUCCUCUCCUUGUAUCACACCCUGGUGUUCUGUUUCAGCAAGAGAGAACUAAUCGAGACCAAGCAUUGCAGAAAAACUUAAAGAUCAUCAAGCAUGGCAUUCCUGGGAAGGAUGUGACAAAGGAAGCGAAGAGUAAGGAUGAAAUCGCUGCAUCAAGAAUAAACAAACUCACCAAAGCAAGUUCAGUUGGUGUUUCAAAGAACAUGGCUCUCCCAAAGAAAUCAACUGCUGUUCGAUCGUGUGUGCCAAACAGACAAAAGCCAUCGGAACGGACUGGUGCCACGAGUAAGAAGCAUGUGCGCAUUGUUGACCCGAAGGCUCCGCUGGCUACUCCUGAACUCCAUUCCACAGGCGCGUUAGGCCAUCAGCUCAAAGAGCUUGAAGCACAGACAUUUGAUGCCGAAGAGGUCGUGGUCAAGACGUUGCAAGAUUCUGAAGCGGCACGAUUGGCUUUCAGCGAGAGAGUAGCGGAAGCUGCCAAUGUUAACAGGAAAGAGAAGAAAUACUCAGGUCUUGUCAGUGUUGGUGUACCAGUUGAAACCACCCUUCAAAGGGCUAUAACACAGCGCCUCUCAAGAGUAAAACACAGGACACAAAGACCUUCAAAGGCAUCGGAAGUCCCUCCUCCGGAUAUUCUAGAGAUGUUUUCCCCUUCAAUGAUAGUGGAAUCUGCCAACGUAGACACCAGUGGACUUGUACCCCCAAAGGUCAAAGCAGCUCCAGUUGACCCUGAUAUGACCUUUGACCUUUACAGACAUAUGCAAUGUUGGGAUCUUGGAUAUUGAAUUGCAUGUGAUUUUUAAUUGGAGUCUUUUUCCAACAAUGUGACUGGUUUGCUGGUGGGAGAAAUGUUUAUGUACAUUCCAUGCCAAUGUUCUUGAUCUUUAUAUUAACAACGAUGACCAAAUCGAAACCUGACGUUGGCGGUAAAAUAUUUUCACUUGUUGAUAGAGUUGCUGUGGUGUAUGUGAAGAAUUAAGCUCGGUUGACACUUGCAUGCAUUGUGAUUGUGGUUCCCGCAUAGUUUUCGCAUGGGCACGCACUCAUGCGGGCCAAUGCGCAAACUAUGCGUGCCAGCUUGCGGAUAGGUGCAUGGCAGUGCGUGAAAUACGUGCCAAAAUUUUCAACAAGUUGAAAAUUUUAGCAUCACAAAUUCGUGAACUAUGCACAACCUACUGUACAUGUAUGUGCAACCUAGUCGUGCCACUGUGUACCACUGCAUGGCAUUAAAAUUGAAAUUUUGUGGCGCAAAGAAUAGUAGGCACACCCUCGGGGAAGUGGUACGCAGCUCACGACUAGUUCAUGACAGGGUCGCGCAUAAUGUAGGUCAAGCAUACUUCAUGCAUAGUUUGCGAAUGAUAUGCGCAAAAUUGUGAGUGCAGAUCAGUGUGAGUCAUCCUAAUCAACGAACGCAGAAGGUGUCAACACCAAAACGUUGAAUAUUUAAAUUUGUGCUAGAUAUGUCACAGAAUAGGAUGUCAUGAAAAUUUGCUGAAAGCAUUUCAGGACAGUGCGUGAACUGUGCGCGAACUAUGCGCAAACAAUGUGCAAACAUGUUGUGAACGUGUCGGGACAUUGCGUGAACUGAUAUUGCCAAGUUGUACCAUAAAGUGUCCCGCACUGGCACACAUCAAUGCUGGGCAAUGCGGGCACUACAAUGUGUGCAAGUGUCAACCGGGCAUAAGUCAUAUGUUUACAUGUAUGCUAAUAGUGGAUCUAACUAUAUUAUGGUACUUCUCUUCCAGCUGUCUAAAUGAUAAGUGCAUUUGGUUAGAUGAUAUGACGACAUUAAUUGUGGUGGUUGGUGGAAUAUCGCAGAUCCAUUGGAUCCAGGCGAAUUCCAUCCAUGCAGACAUGCACACCAAUAAGUAAUCUCGAGAAAUUAGAUUUUAUGAAAUGAAUUUUUGAGGAAAAACAUAAAUCAUUAACCUUGGCAUAAUGUGCUAUCUGUUUGUUUAAAUUGACCCCUUCAAGACAUUGCAUUGCAAAUGUAUCAGAACACAAGAAUAUCGGAAUGGAUUUAUUAGAAAUUUUGAACGAAUUAUAGUUAAAUAAUAUUGAUUGAUUUGGCACAGAUGUGAUAUAUUCAUGCAUAUAUAAAAGAGGUGUAAAUCAAGGACGGAUUGUAAAAG